AUGGAGGGCACCACCCAGCCCUCGUCCCUGAAUGGGUCGAUUGACAUCAAGGAUGGAACGGAGAGUGCUGCCACCGUCCUUGGAGAAGAGACCCCAAGGAAGAGCAGCCCUGUCCCCGGCCAGAUCAAUGACUGGAGUCUGCUUGCACAGGUUCAACAACAACAUGAACGUGACCUGGCGUCCGGAUUCAAGCGCCAGGAGCUCGGGGUUACCUGGCAGAAUCUGAAUGUCGAUGUCAUCAGCUCCGAGGCCGCCGUGAACGAGAAUGUGCUUUCGCAGUUCAAUAUCCCCCAGCACAUCAAGGAAUCCCGAAACAAACCACCGCUCCGCACCAUUUUGAAGAAUAGCCACGGCUGUGUCAAGCCUGGUGAGAUGCUCCUCGUUUUGGGCCGCCCCGGUUCCGGCUGUACCACUUUGCUCAAACUGCUCGCCAAUCGUCGUGGAGGAUUCAAGGCAAUCGAAGGCGACGUCCGGUUCGGUUCGUUGACCGCGGCGGAGGCUAGUAAGUAUCGCGGACAGAUUGUCAUGAACACUGAGGAAGAAUUGUUCUUCCCAACCUUGACUGUCGGACAAACCAUGGAUUUUGCAACCCGUCUCAAGGUCCCCUUCAAGCUCCCGGGUGGUAUCGAUUCCCCCGAGGCCUACCGCGAAGAAGCGAAGAAAUUCCUGCUCGAAUCGAUGGGCAUCGCCCAUACCGAAGAUACCAAGGUCGGCAAUGAGUACGUUCGGGGUGUUUCAGGUGGAGAGCGGAAACGUGUCUCGAUCAUCGAAUGUCUCGCAACUCGGGGAUCGGUCUUCUGCUGGGACAACAGUACUCGUGGGUUGGAUGCCAGCACUGCUCUGGAGUGGACUAAGGCUAUUCGUGCAAUGACCGACACUUUGGGUCUCUCAACCAUCGUUACUCUCUAUCAAGCUGGAAACGGAAUUUACGAACUUUUUGACAAGGUUCUGGUUCUGGAUGAGGGUGAACAGGUUUACUACGGACCCCGAAAUCAAGCCCGACCUUUUAUGGAAGAAGCCGGCUUCGUGUGCCGUGAAGGUUCAAACGUCGCCGACUUCCUGACCGGUGUUACUGUACCAACUGAGCGCCGGAUUCGCGACGGCUACGAAAACCGCUUUCCACGAUCCAAGGAAACCCUUCGGCAGGAAUAUGAGAAGUCACCGAUCUAUUCCACAAUGGUCAACGAGUAUAGCUAUCCAGAUUCCGAAGCUGCGCGUCAACGAACCGAAGAUUUCAAGGAAGGGGUGGCCUUCGAGACCUCUAAGCAACUCCCCAAAGGAAGCCCCCUCACUGUUAGCUUCACUGAGCAAGUCAAAGCUUGUGUUUCUCGACAGUACCAGAUCCUUUGGGGUGAUAAGGCAACUUUUAUCAUCAAGCAGGUCGCAACUUUGAUGCAGGCAUUGAUUGCAGGAUCUCUGUUCUACAGCGCACCUGAUAACUCAGGAGGACUCUUCGUGAAGUCUGGUGCUCUUUUCUUCUCAUUGCUGUAUAAUAGUUUAUUGGCCAUGUCAGAAGUCACAGACUCGUUCAGCGGUCGCCCGGUAUUGGUGAAGCACAAGGGGUUCGCUAUGUUUCACCCUGCCGCGUUUUGCAUUGCUCAAAUUGCUGCCGAUAUCCCGGUUCUCUUGUUCCAGAUCAGCAUGUUCUCGCUGGUCGUGUACUUUAUGGUCGGGUUGACGAUGAACGCCGGUGUUUUCUUUACUUACUGGGUUACAGUUUUUGUCACAACCAUGUGCAUGACAGCCCUCUUCCGUGCGGUUGGUGCCUUGUUUACUACCUUCGACGGUGCAUCAAAGGUUUCCGGAUUCCUCAUCGCCGCUCUCAUCAUGUAUACUGGUUACAUGAUCCAGAAACCAGAAAUGCACCCCUGGCUAGGCUGGAUUUUCUGGAUUGACCCGCUAGCAUAUGGUUUCGAGGCCCUGCUAUCGAACGAAUUCCACGGAAAGGUUAUUCCCUGCGUUGCCAACAACCUGAUUCCUUCAGGUAGCGGCUAUGAGGAUUCUGCCUAUCAAUCCUGUGCUGGUGUUGGUGGCGCAAUUCAAGGAAACACAUAUGUUACCGGUGAUCAGUAUCUCAGUUCGCUUUCUUAUAGCCAUUCUCAUGUCUGGCGCAACUUCGGAAUUAAUUGGGCUUGGUGGGUUCUAUUCGUUGUUGUUACCAUCAUUGCCACCUCUAGAUGGCAAUCACCCUCAGAGAGCGGAAGCUGUCUUGUGAUUCCCCGCGAACGUCUCGAUCAGCACUAUCAAAAUGCUCCCGUUGAUGAAGAAUCCCAGGUGCAGGAGAAAUCCAAGAAGCCCUCCGAUGGUGAUGCCCGCGACGAGAGCGAUAUCGACAACCAGUUGGUUCGCAAUACCUCUGUUUUCACUUGGAAGAACCUGAGCUAUACCGUGAAAACUCCCUCUGGAGAUCGCCUUCUUCUUGACAAUGUCUUUGGAUGGGUUAAGCCUGGUAUGCUAGGCGCACUUAUGGGAUCCUCUGGCGCUGGUAAAACUACUCUGCUUGACGUUUUGGCCCAACGCAAGACCGAUGGAACCAUUAAAGGAUCUAUCAUGGUCGAUGGUCGACCCCUGCCUGUGUCAUUCCAACGUUCCGCUGGAUACUGUGAGCAACUUGAUGUAUUGGAGCCCUUUGCUACUGUGCGUGAGUCGCUUGAAUUCUCCGCUCUGCUCCGCCAGAACCGUGAUGUCUCGCGCGAGGAAAAGUUGAAGUACGUGGAUACUAUUAUCGAUCUCCUGGAGCUCCACGAUCUGGCAGAUACGCUUGUUGGUCGCGUCGGUGCUGGUCUCAGUGUGGAACAGCGUAAGCGUGUGACUAUUGGUGUCGAGUUGGUGUCGAAGCCGAGCAUUCUUAUUUUCUUGGAUGAGCCUACUUCUGGCCUCGAUGGCCAGUCUGCUUAUAACACGGUUCGAUUCUUACGAAAGCUGGCCGAUGUUGGGCAGGCCGUUCUGGUUACUAUCCACCAGCCUUCUGCCCAGCUCUUCGCCGAAUUCGACACAUUACUUUUGCUUGCUAAGGGCGGCAAGACGGUGUAUUUUGGAGAAAUCGGUGAUAACGGUCAAACUGUUAAGAAUUACUUCAGUCGAUAUGGUGCCCCGUGUCCUCCUAACACGAACCCGGCUGAGCAUAUGAUUGAUGUUGUCUCCGGAAAUCUGAGCCAGGGUCGUGACUGGAAUCAAGUUUGGCUCGAGUCGCCCGAGCAUGGAUCAGCGGUGAAAGAACUUGAAGAAAUCGUUAAUACUGCUGCAAGCAUGCCUCCUGGUACCCAGGAUGAUGGUCAAGAAUUUGCUACCAGUAUCUGGGAGCAGACGAAGCUCGUUACUGCUCGUAUGAGCACCGCCCUUUUCCGCAACACUGACUACGUCAACAAUAAGAUGGCUCUACAUAUUGGCUCCGCUCUCUUUAACGGUUUCUCCUUUUGGAUGAUCGGUGAUAGCGUGGGCAGUAUGCAGCUCCGACUUUUCACUAUUUUCAACUUCAUUUUCGUCGCUCCCGGUGUUAUCAACCAGUUGCAGCCCCUCUUCCUUGAGCGACGUGCAAUCUAUGAACAACGCGAAAAGAAAUCCAAGAUGUACUCCUGGUGGGCUUUUGUCACCGCACUGGUGGUAUCUGAAUUCCCUUACCUCUGUAUCUGUGCUGUGCUGUAUUUCGUGUGCUGGUACUGGACGAUCGGUGGCGAAACUGCUUCAGACAAGUCUGGCCCAACCUUUUUCAUGAUGCUGCUUUAUGAGUUUGUGUACACUGGUAUUGGUCAAUUCGUCGCUGCGUAUGCCCCCAACGCCACAUUUGCAGCUCUGGUUAAUCCCCUGAUCAUCGGAACCUUGGUUUCCUUCUGUGGUGUUCUCGUCCCGUAUGGACAGAUCCAAGAAUUCUGGCGUUACUGGAUCUACUGGAUGAACCCAUUCAAUUACCUUAUGGGUGGGCUGCUGGUAUUCAACGUGUGGGAUACGGAAGUGAACUGCAAGGAGAGCGAAUUUGCCAUCUUCAAUCCGCCUAACGGCUCAACCUGCAUCCAAUACCUGGAAACCUACAUGCAGACUACCGGUUCUAGUAUGAAUUUGGUGAAUCCGGAUGCGACCGAGUCCUGCCGGGUGUGCGAGUACCGCAAGGGCAGCGACUAUUUACACUCACUCAACCUGAAGGAAUACUACUAUGGAUGGCGGGAUAUCGGCAUCGUGGCCCUUUUCGCGAUCAGCUCGUACUCCCUGGUGUACCUUCUAAUGAAGUUGCGCACAAAGGCCUCGAAAAAGGCCGAAUGA